AUGGCACCAAAUGAUUCGCAAGAGCAUUCUACACCAAACCUUGACGGCGCACAGAACUCUAUAUCCCUCGAAGAACCUUCCCAGACUGGGUCAAUAGCAACACCAGAGACAAGUGUAGUCGCAAAUUCUCCUGAGAAAACUAAACGAUCCAGUUGGUACAACAGGACCUGGCCCCGCAAAACCGCGCCCAUUACCCAGAAUGCUCGUGAAAGUAUAUCUUCUGCCAGCAAUACUGCCUCAGAAGUCGUUCCAUCUGUCAAACGACCCGCCAAACCAAAGACCAAACGAACGCCUUCUCUGCAGUUGACGCUGGGGAAAGCGACCUCAAGCCGGUCCCCCCCAGCCGACGCUACGACGACGAGGGUCAAUGCAACCUCGAGGGGUUCCAUCUCGUCUCCAGCGACAUCAAAGCCUAAUACAGUAGUUGAAGAGCAAGCGGAGAUUGAUGGUUCACAAAAUUCUCGAUUCAAGCGGGGUGGCAACGAAGAGAUACACCCAAAAAACCCUAAGACUCCAGAUCCUCCGCAGCCUAACGAUUCUAAGGGUAAAGAGGCUUCAGAGCCCGAGGAAAAUCCAACUUCUAUCCAGGCAAAUGGAGGUCCGGGCUGGCUCGGCUGGUUAUCCAGAACAAAUGGACAGCCGGAGCAGGCCUCAAGUUCUGCACCGCCGAGCUUGAGGAGCCCUAACCCACCGCUGCCACCCGAAGAGCUAUCGUCGUCGUGUUCGCAGACGUUAGAUGCGAAUAUCAAAGCACUUCCUCCCGUGCCUGGCGAUCCCAUGCCAACGCCUUCAAAACGUAGCUGGCUUCAGAUGUGGAGUGGGGGCUCUGCCAAAGAGGAGCCAAGCACUUCCAAGGAAAUGCAGGACAAAAUGGACCCUAGCGAUCAGAAUGCUGACAGAGAUUUGGCGGCGGUGGAAACGAGCGCAAAUGACUUUUCGGUGUCUGACUCUCAAAUUCUACCAACCAAAUCAUCAGCGCCCCCAACACUGCAAGAAGAUGGUGCAAAAUCCUCAGGCUGGGUGUUCUGGUCACGAGACCGCAAAGCAGAUGACGCAUCGAGAACCCCCAAUGAGCCUCAUGUUGGUGAAAUAGCGGUCUCGGACACACCAUCGCAGAAGCGGCCAAGGAGGGCAUCUAUAAGUCUUGAACGGCCCAAGUCGGCAAAUAUAUCAAAAGAGUCCCAAACGCCAGUCGCCACCGGUCGUAAGACAUCGAAAUCAGCAGACCUAUCUGCACUUCAAGUAAAAGACACGGGGCAGGCGAACUCGAUGCAAAAUACUUCAGAGGCUCAAAAAGAUGGCACAGUCACUCCAAUGUCAGCCAAGCUACCGGGUGCAGAGGUCAAAGCAUCAAAACAAUUGCAAAGCGCAAUACCAAAUCUUCUUCUCCCCUCGUUCAACGAAACUUUUAUAUUGCAGGAAACACCAAGUCUGCUUCAGCUGCUAAGCCGGUUGUUCAACUACAAUAGACCUUCAGAGGAUAAACAUUUGCAUAAGAUCAAAGAAGUGCCCAGAUUGAGGAGCGCUCUAGCGAUCGGUGUACAUGGCUAUUUUCCAGCUCCACUUAUUCGCACUGUGUUAGGACAGCCGACCGGCACUUCGAUCAAGUUCGCUGACAUGGCGGCGAAGGCAAUCAGAAAGUGGACCGAAAACCGAGGUUACUCCUGUGAGGUCAAGACAGCGGCGCUUGAAGGUGAAGGCAGGAUUGCUGAACGAGUAGAUCUGCUCUGGAAAUUGCUUCUGAAUUGGAUCGAUGAGAUAAGGAAGGCAGACUUCGUCAUGGUCGCUUGUCACAGUCAGGGUGUACCAGUCGCUCUGGAGCUCAUCGCUAAGCUGAUCGACUUCGGUUGCGUCAACUCGGCCAAAAUAGGCAUUUGUGCAAUGGCAGGAGUGAGCCUUGGGCCUUUCCCUGAUUAUAAGUCGCGCUGGAUUAGCGGAUCAGCUGGGGAGCUGUUCGAAUUUUCGAAUAGCGCCAGCACCGUUUCAAAGGACUAUCUCACAGCGGUUGAAACUGUGCUUAGGUUCGGCGUUCAUGUGCUCUAUGUUGGUAGUAUCGAUGAUCAACUGGUAUCUCUGGAAUCAUCGACCUUUGCGCCCAUUUCGCAUCCUCAUAUCUACCGGGCUGUUUUUGUGGAUGGCCGUAUACACGCCCCGAACUUCUUGGUUCACUUAGUGGGUUUUGCUUUGAAAUUGCGAAACCUCAGUGUUCAUGACCAUGGUCUCAUACGAGAGCUAAGCGGUCCGCUUGCAGGCAGCCUCUACACCGGUGAAGGCCAUUCUCGCAUAUAUGAAGACAGCAACGUGUAUGAUCUUGCUGUCGAGUUCGCUUUGGAGACAAAUACUAUCGUGGGCGCGCCACUAUCGCAGAAACCGAACUCAACUCCCUCCUCGAACCCAUACAUACUGCCUUGGGCUGUAAGGGGUAUUCUUGAGGAGGAUUUUGUGAAAUCUGAUCUUCGUGAUGAGGCGAAUGAGCUGCUUAGGCAAUUUGACGAUUGGAAACCGACCACAAAAGUUCUAAAAGAUGUGAAGUUCAGGCUCGAGGGCAUUAGAUCAAAGCUGUGA